AUGCUGGCUUUCUACGACAGGUUUUUGAAGAACAGGGCAACAAUUGCCAGCUGUCUCUACCAGCUCCUGCAGAAGGACGCCACGUGGAGAUGGGAGACCAAGCAUCAAGAAGCAUUCGAUAAACUUAAGAGAUUGCUUCUCAGUCAGACCGUACUGGCACACUACGAUGAACAGAAGGAGCUUCUUGUCUCAUGCGACGCUUCGCCAUACGGCAUAGGAGCUGUUCUGUCUCAACGUGAUGACCAGAAUAGAGAGGCGCCAAUCGCUUUCGCAUCUCGGACGCUAGGGACAGCGGAACGCAAUUAUGCUCAGUUGGACAGAGAAGGCCUUGCCGUAGUGUUUGCUGCACACAAGUUCCACAAGUAUAUUGCGGGAAGAAAGGUGACUUUCGUCACGGAUCAUCAACCGCUUCUCGGCAUACUGGGUCCAGGGAAGCCAACGGCUCAAGUCCUCUCACCACGCAUGACCAGAUGGUGCAUCAAGUUGUCGGCCUAUGACUACAACAUCGUCUACAGGCAUGGCAAGAACCAUCAAAACGCGGACGCGUUGAGUCGAUUGCCACUACCAGAACGUCUCGAUGAACCCUGGCCACCAGGCGAGGUACUAUUGUUCGAAGCUUUGUCGAGACCUCCGUUCACUGCUACAGAGAUAGCACGUCUGACACAAGAAGACAGCAUCCUGCAGAGGUUGUACAAGGCAGUGCAGGAUGGCACAGUGGAGAAACUCACUGGAGAUGAGUUCACUCCUUACCGACGAGUGACCGCACUAGCAUUUCAUCGCGAGUGCCUCACGCUUGGAUCACGGGUGAUCAUACCGAGCUCAGCACGAUUCCACGUUCUGGCACUUCUGCACGCUGGUCACCGAGGCAUGGUAGCCAUGAAGAAGUGCGCAAGGAGCUACGUAUGGUGGCCCGGCGACAAGGUGAUCGAAGAAACGGUGCGACAGUGCCGUGAAUGCCUUUCAACGCAGAAGAGCCCACCCAAAGCUCCUAUUCCCUCCUGGGACCGUCCCAAGACGCCAUGGCACACGGUGCACGUUGACUUCGCGGGGCCACUACUCGGGCGCACCUACUUGGUUGUUGUGGAUGCACACACAAAGUGGGUGGAAGUCCGGCACGUGACGCAAGCAACAUCCGCGGUUGUCAUCGAUGUGCUACGAAGCAUCUUUGCUACGUUUGGCAUUCCCCGAAAGGUCGUCUCCGACAACGGAAAAGCCUUUAUUUCCAACGAGAUAAGGCAGUUCUAUACGGCAAAUGGCAUACAGGGUACAACAUCACCAGCUUACCAUCCUGCCACAAACGGCCAGGCAGAACGCUAUGUGGCAGAGCUGAAAAGAGCACUCCUGAGAGAUACAGACAAGUCCAUACAGUGCCGACUUGCAAGAUUCCUGUAUCGGCAGCACACAACCAUUCACACUGCGACAGGAAUGUCACCUGCGAGAGCGAUGUUUGGACGAGAGCUUCUAUGUCCUCUCGAUCUUCUAAAGCGGGAGACGGAUAUACCAAUUCCUGAGAGCCAGGAGACAUUGACAAAAUCCCGUCGUUUCGCGGUAGGAGACAAAGUGCUCAUCCGACAGUUUUUGAAAAAGCCAGAUUGGAUUGAAGGCGAAAUACUGCGCCACGUCGGACCACGAUCCUGGCUUGUAAAAAGCAACCACGGAAAGGUUCGGCGUCACCUCAACCAUAUGAGGAAAACGAGCCAGACCGGGUACAGAACUCAAUCACCGACAGAUUGGAGCGUAGCAGACGAUUUCUCGGACACAACGUUAGAAGAGACGCCGUCAAGUUCUGCUGAUCAACGGCCUGACUCGCUCAACAUGCAAAACAACCCUCCCUCGCAACCGUCGACCUCGGCGUCACAAGCAGGAACCACCCGCCAACUGCGACCACCAGAGCUUAGGCGGCCUCCAGACCGCUAUGGAGACUUCGUCUAA